AUGACAGAUGCUUUAUCGAUUCCAGUCAAUAAGAAAGGAUGGGUUCGAAAAACUGGUAUUCCUGCAAGUGAAUACAUCAAACAUAUGCCAGAGCUUAUAUGCGCCUUCAUUGAUUGCCUUGAUGACGUCCCAUCAUUGAAUGCAUGCAUGCUUGUCAAUAGGCAAUGGAUGGAAUGGGUCCUCAGCCGCAAGUUCUCAUUCGACGGAUUCAGGAAGAUGGCGAUCAAGAAUCACAACUCCAGAACAUCGCCGGUGGAUAUUUACGUCCUCAACACGACUGUCCUUAAAUUCCCGACCCUUGACCCGGAUCGGAUUCAUAAAUUCAUGUUCCCCAGCACGAUUUCUCAGCCUUCACCUAAAGGCGGCCUUGCACGUUCACAUAGCAUCUAUCAUUCUCAGGAUUUCGACUACACAUCUUCAGAUGUCAUUGGCAACAUUUACCUGAGAACUAAAAGUGAUGGACUUCAGGUUGUUCCUUGCCCCUGUGAAGCUGUAUCGGACAGUGAAGACGAAGAUAAUUCUAUGGAUUGGAUACCGGAGGGCGGGGCUGUUCACAGUAGACAAUUCUCUGGAGGCCAGAAUCAGCGUGUAAAGCCCAGUCGCAAAUGGCAUGUGAGCCUCGAGACAUACUAUCACAAGGGUGCUGCCUUCAAUAGGAUGAUCAAGGCCUAUCAAGAGUACAUGGCAUCUAGGGAAGGCGACCAGUGCCAGAUGCUAUCUUUCUCUUCAACUAGUCGUACCGUCUGGAAUCCAACGACGUAUGAGGAAUUAACUUGGACUAUUACGCCCACACCUAUGGACAGGAGCGAUCCAGAAGAUCUGGAGCAGGAGGUGAAUCCAUACUACACAGAAAACAGUAAUUAA